CAUUAUUGUUAAUCUGACUUCUCUUUUUCAGUUAUACUUAGGAUUGUUUGAUUCUGAUUUUAAUGAUAUUUUAUUUUGGAUUUCCAAUUGUUCAAAUGGGAUUAAUUUUUUUUUGGGGAUAAUUUGAUCAUGUGGGGCACUUUCUUUCAGUCAUUUUAUCAAACACUUGAAAUGCAACGUUUAAAUUUCAUUUUUUCUUACAAUUUAUUACGUUUCAUCCCCUCUUAAUACGUGUAGAUGGAUAUAAUUUAUCAAUUCAGAAGGGCUUGAAGAGUGAAACAAUAUUCUGACUGUCUAUGAUAAUUGAAACCUCUCUGAGAAGAGAUGGACUGCAGUAACUCAUGCACUAGCGAGCAGAAGCUUCAAGUCCGAAAGUUAGAAAUAUCAGACAAAGGAAAAGGUUAUCUAGAGCUACUGCAACAACUAACUGUUUGUGAUUCCGUAUCAGACAAGGAAUUUGAAAAACGGUUUGAAGAGAUCAGCUCUUAUGGCGAUGACCAUCUUAUUUGUGUAAUCGAAGACGAUCAAUCUGGGAAGAUAAUUGCAACUGGUUGUAUGUUCAUCGAAAAAAAGUUCAUAAGAAAUUGCGGCAAAGUCGGGCACAUUGAAGACAUUGUGGUUGAUUCUGAGGCUCGAGGAAAACAAUUGGGAAAGAAAAUUAUAGAGUUCCUGACAGAUCAUGCUCAUUCAAUGGGAUGUUACAAGGUUAUACUCGAUUGCAGCAUUGAGAACAAAGCAUUUUAUGAGAAAUGCGGAUACAAGCAGAAAGAAAUUCAAAUGGCGAAGUAUUUCAAUUAAAUUAACAUUGUGUGUUUGAUAUUGUAGUUGGGGAUUUCUUUGCUAGAGCAGGGAAGAAAAUUGCAUUUGUUGCUUCAGAAUUGAUUUACAAGGAGGAACCUGAAAUUAAGGGAUUUGAACGGCUGGAAAACCAUAGGAGACAUGCAGAGGAUGAAUAAAUGAAAGAGUGUCAACUGCCAAGAACAAGGCAUGAUUAGGGAUGUAAUUGAGUUGAGUCUUGCAACUCUAACAAGUUUGAGCUUGACUCUAAAAUUUGACUUGAAUUCUCGAGUUUAGUUAGGAGCUUGAGCUCGAUAGAAUAAUUGAAAUUUGGUUUUGACUCGAUUGAUAAAAAAAAUGUAAUUAAAGUUCGAUUAGACUUGCGAACUUGUAGAAUCAAGUACUUGAUCAAAUAAAUUGACUUGAGCAACUCAGGUCAAAGCUCAAUUUAAUUAA